AUGUUAUUGAGCAAUGUUUUGAAGAAAAGUCCACCUUCUCUUCAAGCCAGAGCUACAUCGCAAAAUGUUUACAAAAUAGAUAUCGUACCACUUCAAUACCAGUCACUUACUGACCUGUUUGUCUCUCACAAUACAAUUUCGAACUUAAGGAACGUUGAUCAGUUUCACCAGCUGAGGAGAUUAAUGGCUGAGUUCAACGAAAUACAGUAUAUUGAUGAUAUUGCUCCACUUAAAAAUCUAAAACAACUGAAAGAAUUAAAGUUGAACGGAAAUCCUGUGUGCUACUAUCCAUUUUGGGAAUAUCACGUAUUAAAAUUCUGUCCGCAACUCGAAAUGCUAAAUGGAAAACCUGUUAACAAAGAGAACGUCAAAUUCGCGAUGAUGGAAGACGAUUUAACAAAGGCAGUGUACUAUUUAGAUUUGACAAAUUUCAUUAUUCAGCAGAAAAAUCGCUUACCACAGACACCAACUACGGAAAUUUCAAAUUUAUUACGUAAAAAAAUCAAAGCAGAAGAUUUAUCGAAGUUUCGACGCAAAUUCGCUAGUGGUGGCCCUCAAGAUAUAGAGCCCUACAAGAAUUACAUAAUAUCUAAGUGCAUUAAUUCAUGCAACUCAAUUUCCUCGAAAUUAACUCCUAAGCAUGAUAAGAAACUAUCAGAAAACCACGUGAAAUUCUUAAAUGUCAUGAAAUCAUGCGAUAAAAUGGAUGAUUUAGCCAAAGUAAUGAAAUUACAGCUGGGAAACGAUUUAAACAUCGGCGGCUUCCACGCAGAUCAGGACUUUACCAACAUAAUUAGAGAUGCGUUUAAGGACGAUCCGAAUGCCAGCCGCUUGAUUCAAGAUUGCAUCGAAAUUGCAAGCCAGUAUGAUCCCAAAUCAGACAUAAACAACUUAGAUAUUAACAAAAGCCCAUCUCCAAAGAAGAAAAAAUUGCUACCUCAGAAGAAUAACCCUCAAAAGACAGAAGUACCAGAAAUCAUUAACAAUAACCCUCACAGUAAGCUUGUUGUUGAUCCAAACAGUAUACUUUCAUUUACUGCUGAUCAAAAACCAAAAUUAUUUAGAAUACAAUCACAAUCCCAGCUUACUAUUGAACAAGAUGACUUUUUAUCCAAAUCAAUGACUCCAAUAAAGUUAAUUGAACCACCUGCCAACUUCGCUGUGACUCAACGAAGGAAAUCUUAUUCAAAUAUCCAGAGAAAAGCCUCUUUAAAGCAAAACGACGAUGAUUCCGAUGGUGAAAAAUUCUCAGAUCUUUCAUUUGAAUCGCAAUUACGUCGUGAGCUUGUUGAGCAGCGAAAUUCCAUGUCAUCUCAGCUGUUUUCCGAUGCAUCUAUGACAGACGAAGACAGAGCUCAGUCGGAGAAGUACUGGCCGCGCAAACGCCCUCCGAAAGUCCCUCUUCCGUCCUCCAAGGAAGCGAAGAAGUUCACAGACAACGACUGGGAGGUCAAACUCUUCAUCGAGAAGAGACAGAGGGCUUUCAUGAAGAGGGUGUUCAACGGGUGGAGGAGCACUCAUCCUUCGAGGAAGCUCAGGAGGAGGAGCUCCUUCUCUGUGGAGUACCUUUCGAACGGACCUCCUGUUGUAGAAAAUACUGUUGUUGGAGACAACUUCCUCAACGCGUUCUUGAACAACACUUCUUCUCAGCCUGAUUUGAGAGUUGGAUCUCAUAGAAGGUCUUCGUUCAGCAUGAAUAGAAGAUUGUCAUAUAACCCUUCAGCUUCUAGUCCAAUAAUUGAAUAA